UGCAUGCGGGUGUCCUCCACAUUUCAAUCUUCACUUCUCAAAGAACAUACCGGACAACUGUGUCGUGUCUUGCCAGCUUGGGGUCAUUGUGUGCGUGCAAAAAGAGCCUGUAUUCCAGUUUGCACGGGUGGAUCUACAUGCGCGCUCCUCGAUCGUUGUUGACGUGGAGUCGUUGUUGACGUGGAGUCGGUGUUGACGUGGAGGAUAAAUGAAACAGAGAGCACUGCACUGGAUCAGUUCUCGAGUUCUCUACAAUAGUUGUUGCAGCUGUCAGUCUGUGGAGCAUUGUAGUACGAGCAUUGGCUGGAACUGCUCUCGGGUUGUCUGCCUGUGCAGCACCGUGACUCGUUGGGCUGGUACUUGAAUACAGACCAGCCUAGCUACCUAGUACACGUACUUUCAGUGCUCCCGGGCAAAAGGCACUGUGGAAAGAGCGUAGCAAUUUACCUGAAGUGUCUUUGGCACUAUUGUGUCAUUGUUGGUGUGUGUGUGUGUGCAAAAAGAGCCUGUGUUCCAUUUUUACGCGUGGCUUGGCACCCUCCUAGUCCAGAGCACUGUUUGUAAUUUGUGAUCGGAAUCGUGACCGUCGGACUCAGUGGACUGCGCCGCACCUGACGUUGUCCCGGCACAGCUUCCAUGGCUGAGUCAGACCCGCUACCCAGCAGCAUGGUGGACCAGCUGGUCGAAGGAUUUGGCGACGAGGUCAUACUGGCGUUGACGACAUUCUUAGUCUUAUGCGCAACGGUAAUAGCGCUACACGUGUGCAGUAGAUUCAGACGGCGAGACAUACACCCGGAUCACAUUGCCCAGGUGAACGAAGCGCGAGAACAGCUGGGUAUACCGGUGGAUGCCGACCAGAUCCAUCGUCAUGCCGACGACAACGACCCGUGCCCGAUCUGCCUGGGGCAGCCGCAGUUCGUCGUGAUGACCAACUGCGGGCACGUGUUCUGCGGGCUGUGCAUUCUGGAAUACUAUGGACGUGCUGCCAAUCUGCUGAGGGCAAUCCUGUGUCCAGUAUGUCGACAGUCGGUAUCAAUACUCCUUCCUGACUUCACGGAGGCUGACAGGGCACAUGACGAAAGAGAAAGGGAAGAUAUCUUGGGGCGGAUUAAUGACUACAACAGAAGGUUUUCAGGUGUUCCGAGAACUGCAUGGGAGUACAUUGCAGACGCUCCGGCACUAUUGUCCUACCUUUGGCAUCAGUUAUGGACCGGGCAUUACCUGCUGUUGAUGUUUCGUGUCCGCGUCCUUCUCUCGAUUGUGGUGAUGUUGGUGUACCUGCUCUCGCCUCUGGAUAUCAUCCCGGAGGCCGUCUUUGGCUUGUUCGGCCUGCUCGACGAUCUCGUCCUGGUAGUCUUUGUCAUCAUGUACCUGACGGUUCUCACACGCGUGUUUGUGGUGGCGCGUGCUCGUGGCGGUGUUGAGGAAUAGCUAUAUAGACUUCAGUGGGCAUUGCAAUCCCUUGUGCCAGUUCAUUGAGUAUCACCCCGGCUUAUGCCAGUUCAUCGGGUACCACCCUCGCUUGUGCCAGCUCAUCGAGUAUCACACUCGCGUGUGUCAGUUCAUCGAGUAUCACACUGGCUUGUGCCAGGUCAUCGGGUACCACCCUCGCUUGCGCAAGCUCGUCCAGCAUCACCUUCGUUUGCGUCAGUUUGUCGAGCCUGCUGCAUGUGAUAGCAGGCGGGUUGUGUUCUCCCUAUCCUGAAUUUCUGGCCGACGCCCGGGGACAGGAUCUCCGGCUGACAGUUCAACUAUGAGUGUGUGGCUGCUAUGCUGUAGAGACAGCCAUGCUUGCUACUGCACUCUGCCAUAUGAUGAGCAUCUACACGAAGAAUCUGGUUUACUAUUUGAAAAGCGUUGAAUUCUGCCGUGUGAUUAGCAGCUAAAUAAGGAAUCUGGUUUACUAUUCGAAUAGCGGCUUUGAUAGGCCGCACCACCAGAGAAGAACCCGGCUCGUGAGCGAAAUGCCAAUGACUAUGUUGCCGGGUAUGUGUGCUGGUGGUGUACGGGCAUUCCCAGCGCUACGCUUGAGGAGGAACUCCCAUGUGGUGAUGGUGAUUAUGGCAGCGCCUUCUCGACUGUGCUUGACCGUUUACGCAGCGUUUCGAGUGAUAUUGUAGUGCUUCUGCUACGUAACUCGUUGCGAUGGCCUCUUGCGCUGGAAUUGACAUCAUCGCCAAGUGCCCCACACACGUGUCGUACUAUACACUCUGAGUGGAUGCAUCCAUCUUGUACUCUUUUGAACAAUUUUUUUAUUAACGUGGUUACGGUAUUUUUAGUUUCCUAACUGCCGCAAGACACCACCUUAGUCCAUUGAUGCGCUGUAGUCGUAAGACCUCAGUGUAAUUUCUUGCUUUUGAGUCCGGGGUGCUCUCCCCCUUUUUAUUUUAAAGUAUUUGUACCCUUUCUCCCGAUUUAGGCUAUGCUCAGUGAGUCGCAUUGGUGCUACGUUGCGAUGGCCUCUUGCCCUGGAAUUGACAUCAUCGCCAAGUGCCCCACACACGUGUUGUACCAUACACUUUUAGUGGAUCCAUCCAUCUUGUACUCUUUUGAACGAUUUUUUUAUUAACCUGGUUUUGGUAUUUUCAGUUUCCCAACUCUUUCAUGUCUGCUUCGGGCCGCAGACAUCGCCUUAGUCCAUUGAUGCGCCCUAGUCGUAAGACCUCAAGUGUAAUUUCCUGCUGGUGAGUCAGGGGCGCUGACAGUCCCUCUCUUUAUUAUAAAGUAUUUGUACCCUGUCUCCCGAUUUAGGCUAUGCUCAGUGAAUCGCA